GCCGCCGCCGCCGCCGCCGCCGCCGCCGCCGCUGCUGCACUGACGGCGGGUGCCCGCGCCUCAGAGCUACUAGUCUACUCUUGCUUCACCUCCACUCGUAGCCGACCUCAUGGAUGAACUUCAGGAUGUGCAGCUCACGGAGAUCAAGCCACUUCUCAAUGACAAGAAUGGUACACGAAACUUCCAGGACUUUGACUGUCAGGAACAUGACAUAGAAACAACUCAUGGUAUGGUCCAUGUCACUAUCCGAGGCUUGCCAAAGGGAAACAGACCAGUUAUACUGACUUACCAUGACAUUGGCCUCAACCAUAAGUCCUGUUUCAAUGCGUUCUUCAACUUUGAGGAUAUGCAAGAGAUCACCCAGCACUUUGCUGUCUGUCACGUGGAUGCCCCAGGCCAACAGGAAGGUGCACCCUCUUUCCCAACAGGGUACCAGUACCCAACAAUGGAUGAGCUGGCUGAAAUGCUGCCUCCUGUUCUCACCCACUUGAGCCUGAAAAGCAUCAUUGGGAUUGGAGUUGGAGCUGGAGCUUACGUCCUCAGCAGAUUUGCACUCAAUCAUCCAGAGCUUGUGGAAGGCCUUGUACUCAUUAACGUGGACCCUUGCGCGAAAGGCUGGAUUGACUGGGCAGCUUCCAAACUCUCAGGAUUGACAACCAAUGUUGUGGACAUUAUUCUGGCACAUCACUUUGGGCAGGAAGAACUGCAGGCCAACCUGGACCUGAUUCAAACCUACAGAUUGCAUAUUGCCCAAGAUAUCAACCAAGAAAACCUGCAGCUUUUCCUGGGCUCCUAUAACGGACGUAGAGACCUCGAGAUUGAAAGACCUAUUCUGGGCCAAAAUGACAACAGAUUAAAAACGCUGAAGUGUUCCACGUUACUGGUGGUAGGAGACAACUCACCUGCUGUUGAGUCUGUGGUCGAAUGCAAUUCUCGCCUCAACCCCGUCAAUACAACUUUGCUGAAGAUGGCGGACUGCGGGGGCCUGCCCCAAGUGGUUCAGCCUGGGAAGCUCACGGAGGCCUUCAAGUACUUUUUGCAGGGAAUGGGCUACAUCCCGUAUGUGCAGCUCAGUCACCUGAGCACCGAGUCAGUUCCGUCUGCCAGCAUGACCCGGCUCGCCCGAUCGCGCACCCACUCCACCUCGAGCAGCAUCGGCUCUGGAGAAAGCCCCUUCAGCCGCUCCAUCACCAGCAAUCAGUCAGAUGGAACCCAGGAGUCCUGUGAGUCCCCCGAUGUCCUGGACAGACACCAGACCAUGCAGGUGUCGUGCUGAGCAGACGCUGCUCCACUGGACCCCGCACGGCCACCCUCGUCAGAUGCCCGCUCCGUAGUACAUUCCGCCCCACGAGCUGGCCUCUGCGCUCUGACCCAUGCAUGACCACUGAACCUCUCUCUAGUAGCCAGGUUUGCCACUCCUCCCGCCCAGCGCCUCCCUCUUUUGUAUGUACAAGGACCACGCCCACGCCAUCACUGUACCAUUCCGACAUCUUUAGCCGAUCCAAGCGCCACAUCUUCUCUUGCCAGCUUUUCCCUGUGCUCCCUCAACUAUGUAAGCGAUAAGAUUCUCUAAUCCCACUCGUGUGUGUGCGAGCACGCGUGUCUGUGUGCAUAGUUCCGUGAUUUUAGACAUGCUUUCCGUAGUGCUUCUACAGAACACAGAAAAGGGACUUCUUUUGCAUUCUCAGUGUUGUUUUUCAGGGAAGUGUGCGAAACAGAUUGCUAGGUGAGUAGGCCUAGAAUUCGCAGCUCGGUUUCGGGAGAGAGCAGUUCAGAGGACGCGGAAGAUCCAAAUCGCUGGGACCAGUAGUGGGAGAGUGCCUGUCCCGUAGGGAGGCAGGCAGGUGGCCACCCCCUCCUCUGUCUAUGUAUGCACGUGUGCUGUCCACAGAGGGGCGUGGGAGAGUGCCUGUCCCGUAGGGAGGCAGGCAGGUGGCCACCCCCUCCUCUGUCUAACUGGAUGCACGUGUGCUGUUCUCUACACAAAAGGGAGGGGUGCAUCCUACUAGAAAGCCAUGGACGCCGAGGUUCUGAUACAAGGAGUAGUGAGUGUGGCUUACUGACGGCCUCAGCACAGGAAAGCCAGGAACAGGAUGUUAGGCCUGCUCUCCGCAAGAGCUCACCAGACAGCCGCACGUCACAGGAGCACCUGCCAGGCUGUGGUGGACACUGGCUCUCCAUCCCUCCGCCCCAAAACAGGGAGAGGUGUGGCCUAAACUCGAGUAGAUGGGGAGGCGAAGGUGAGGAGAGACCAGCCACAAGCAUGGUGACGCGUGAUAUGCCACAGACGUCAUAGAACCCAUCUCAGAAAGAUCCUGAAUCCUGCGAGCUCCCUGUUCUAGCAGGGAAGGGGCCCAUCCGGAGGGGCCAAAGCCAGCCAGAGGGGACUGCUGGGACGAGGGGAAAGAUCCGCGAGAGAGGCUGCCGGGAGCGUCCGCUGUCCGCUCGGGCCACACAGACCUGGACCUCGGGAAGGGGCUUUUCAGACGCACCGCACCAUCUGCUUCCUGCCGAGAUAGGAAUGCGUCGCUCUGCCAAAGUGCGACUUUUUACUGAUUGUUAAAUAAAGCUGUACACGUCUCCUUGUU